AUGAAGCCCCGCUCAAAGCGAGCAGGACGGCCCCGUCUCGCUGCCGACAGCGACGCCGUCCUGUCAACCGAUCGUCGCGCACAAGUCCGCCGCGCCCAGAAAACGUACCGACAGAGGAAAGAGGCUGUUUUUCGAGAUGCGACUGCCCGAGCCGAGCGGCUCGAGGCGCGGAUGCGCUCCGCCCGUGAGGAGAUGAUCGGGUUGGCCGAGGUUGCGAGAGAGGCACAGCUAAAUCUGUCGCAUCCUGAUAUCCAUGCGCGAUUGAUGCGGCUUGAGCAGAUAAUAUCAGGGAGCGAUGAGUUGAUCGAGGCGUCUCCAGGGCUAUCUAGCCCUCAACCACGAACUCAAUCACAAACUCAAUCGCCUACGCGAUUCGACCUAGAUCCUCAGCUAUCACUCCCAAUGCAGCAACACACAUACGCCUUCCAAGAACCACGUCUCGCGCGGCAAUUACAGCGCUACAGCCUUGAGCACGCAUACCGCCUCUUCACGCAAUCGCACUCCGACCCGCGCGAAAUGCACCGCGUGUUCCGGCUCGUCCCCUGCGUGCGCGAACCCAGCAAGACGGAACCCCGGUUCCGGCAACUCUUAAUGGGCGGCUGCACAGACUCUCUCGAGCUCUUCGGCUUACCGUUCUACGGCGUCGGUGGCGCGGGGGCGCAUUUCCCGGAUGUCGAUGCGGAGGGGAAUCCGGUCUUCCCUGUCAAUCGGCGGAUGCCGCGCCGGAUUCUGGGGAUUGUGCCGGGCGCGGGGGCUGGGGAUGGAGAUGGUAGGGAUGGUGAGCGUGAGCAGGCGCUCGUGGCGUAUGGGCUUGGUGGGGAGUGGUUUGACUGUCGGGAUGUGGAGGGCUAUCUUAGGGAGGAGGGCGUGGAUGUAAAUGGGGGCUUGUUUCCUGUGCAGCAUAUACCCAGCAGAGCGGACGACGUUGAUUGCAAAGAUCAAUCCCGAAUCCUGGAUGUUGAAGGGUUCUUUUCACGGCUCCUCUCGGGGCUUGUCAUCCUCGGCCGCGCGCCGGGAUUCAGAAAAUCGGACGUCAGACGCGCUCUGCAAGCUUCGAUAAAGACGGUCGGUUGCAUGUAA